GCCGCGGGGCGGCGCUGCGGCCCCGUUCCGCCGCCGCCGGGAGGUGCCGCCCCUCCGCCAUGGCCGAUGUGGAGGACGGGGACGAGCCCGGCGCCCCCCACUCGCACGCGGGCUCCGCGGGCUCCAAGGCGGGCGCCACCGACAAGAUGUUUUCGCUGAAGAAGUGGAACGCGGUGGCCAUGUGGAGCUGGGACGUGGAGUGCGACACCUGCGCCAUUUGCCGCGUCCAGGUCAUGGAUGCCUGUCUUAGAUGUCAAGCUGAAAACAAACAAGAAGAUUGUGUUGUGGUCUGGGGAGAAUGCAAUCAUUCCUUCCACAACUGCUGCAUGUCCUUGUGGGUGAAACAGAAUAAUCGUUGUCCCCUCUGCCAGCAGGACUGGGUAGUCCAGAGAAUAGGCAAAUAAAAACACUGGAAGUUUUUUUUUUCUGUGGAACUUGUUGAAAUAGUGUAUGUCAUAUGCCAUAUGCUCAUACAAAAGAAUGGAACAGGCCAGUCAUGGAACAGUUUAUUUGGUUUAUCUGCUGCAAUAAUGGAGUGGUUUGAUUGUGCAGUCUUUGCUGUAUUAGGAGGCAAUGGUCAGUCUUACUGCAGUUCUUUCCACAACUGAAAAGAGACACUAUGUUAACAAACGUGUCUAUUACAAUCUGAGUGUUAACUGUAUCUGUAUCAGAACAUAGAAAUGUGUUUGUGCAGAUUGUACCCCAAAUACAGUCUAAUGUUUUUGGUUAGAGAAAGGAAUUAAUUCAAAAGGAAGACCUUGUUUGAAAGUCUAAUAUAUUGUAUAGCUCAUCUUCAGAAAAAAGGAACUGUUGUCUAAAUGAUAUUGCCUACAGAACCACAGUCAGUGAGGUUUGUUAGAAAAUAUUUUGGUUUUUAAUCUAAAAUGAAUAGUAUGUGAAGCAUUUAUUAUUUGUUUUUUCCUUCAGACUAUACUAUAAAUUUCUCAUUUAGGUUUUCUUUAUGACUUCAGAAAAUUUUGUUUUGCUGUAUCUCAAAAUCUGUUGCUGUAUAAUAUUCUGUACAUGAUUUUUACAACCAUAGUAUUAAAAUUUAACCACAUUAAUAAUUUUUUAUUUAUAUUUCUGUUAAAGGUCAUGGAAAUACGCUUUUUUAAUCCAGAGACUUCUGGUACAAUGACACAUCUUCGAUAUCAGUUAACUAGUGAUGUAAACAAUUUUGCUGGUCAGUUGACUAAUCUAGAAAGCAAGCAAAACUGACAAUUUAGAUAUCUCAAGGAGUGCAGGUACUUAUUAAAUCUAGCAAAAAUAUAUUAUAAUAAAUUGUUAUUUCAUCAA